CGAUAACUGUGGCACUGCCGAAAAAAAAAAACGUGCGCACGUUGUUUGAUUUCUGAUUUUGUUUUUACUGGAAAACUUAGUGAAAAUAUGGUCAGCAAAGCGCAAAAAGAGGUGCAAUGCGACCACUGCGGCACAAGCCAAGGGGCGAAAAGCGUUUUUUCAGGUCAGAAGGUGUUCCUGGGCAGGAAAAUUACAGAUGUACUAGAGACCAUCACACACAGAAGCAUCCCAUCAUCCUUGCCCAUCAAGAUAUGCUUCGUCUGCACCUCCACAUUCAUGUCCAGCGCGGCACUAAUCGAGAAGGUCCGCGAGACGGUGGAUAGGAUUCAGGCGCAGCCCGAGAAGAGCAAGGCGGCAGAAAAGGAGGUUAAGGUGCCAAAGAAAAACACCACCAUCCGACAGCGCAGCAAAUCCAUAGCGGCUAUUCCGGCGAGCUUUAUUAACACAGAAACAGAGAUCAAUAAUGCUUCGCCGAAGAAACUCGAUAAGACCCCUAAAAAGCACCUAUCUCGACUUUUAGAGGACAAUCUCAACGAUUCCGUGAAGCUGACGCCCGCCAAAGAGGUGUCGUCCACCAAGAAGGUUUUCCUUAAUCUCUUUGGCAACGGCGACAAUGAUGCCAUCGAAGUCCUGACCGAGAGCGAGGAAGAGGAGGACUCGGAUAAAGGCCCUAUCACCAUUAACACAAACAACUUCCAGUGUGCAGAGUGCGCAUUUCACACAAAAUAUCCCAAACCCUACAAGGAGCACCUGCAGAAGGAACAUGGCCUCCAAAGGCCUCGCAUAUACUCCUGUACCUUGUGUAUUAAGACAUUUGGAGUGCUUAAGACCUUGAAAACCCAUUUACGGGACGCUCACUCACGUACUUUUGAAACCGAAGCUGGGGCCAAGGCUAAAGCGAAGGAAAACAAGGAAAAGGAGCCGGAGGUCAAGAAGAAGCCUGAGAAAAAGGCCAAGGAGCCCAAGGUUGUGAGUCAGAGCAAAAAGCCAAAAGAGGGAAAGACCAAAGGGAAAAAGACAGAGGAGACCAAAUCUAAGAAUGGAACCAAGGCAGUUGAGGAAGAAGGCGAAGUGAACAACGAAAACGGUGCGGGCGCAGACAGUGACAACGCAGACAUCAGCCAGGCACCCAAAAUCGCAUCCUUUAAAGCCCUAAAUGAGUCUUUAAUGAAGAAAAGGAUGCUAGAGAACGUGAUGGACUCGGAUUACACAUUUGCCAUCAAUGGAUCCAGUGCCUCCACUCCCAGGGCAGAUUCGAUUAAUUUUCAGUGCGACAUUUGCGACGUCGAGCUGACGACCGCCAAGCAGAUGCAGGAACACAUGAAGACCGCCCACGGCGUUGAAAAGCCAAAGAUAUUCAAGUGCCACGUCUGCGAGAAGGGUCUGGCCACCAAACAGUCGCUGAAGACGCACAUGACUCUACAUAACGAAGGUGCUGAAGUGUCGAACUCCAGCAAGCGAAAGAUUCUGCAGGAAGAGGAUGAGGACGUGGACAUUCUGGGCACAACUCAGAAGGAAAACACCGCCCAGAAUAAUGAAGGACCUAAGCAGUCACUGCACACCCCUGGUACUAAAGGCGCAAAGUCCAGCAGCCGAAAGAUUCUGCAAGAAGAGGAUGAGGUCGUGGAAAUUCUGGACGCUUUUGAGAGUAACAACACUGCGGAGGAUGAUGACGGACCCACAGAAGAAAAGAUUAUAAGACCUAAGAACGAGGUUGAUGGGGGCAUGAUUGCGCCUCGGUCGCCAGCUAAGAAGGCUAAGAAGGGCAAUACCAGUCAGGCAGAUCUUUCUGUGUCCUCAAUCAAUGGCAAUACACCUUCAAAGAUACAAAAACGAAAGAAACAAGACAAAUCUGAGGACACGCUACCCGCAUCUGAUGUAGACGUAGUGGAAGAAAUAAACUACAACGUGAAGCCUCACAAAAAGGCACGCCUGGAGUCCAUUGGUGACUCAACCGCCGACGAGUCCACCCUCAGCUGCGACCAGUGCGGGAAGUUCGUCAAAUCGCGUCAACGCUUAGACUCGCACAUUGAGAAAAAGCACGCCUCCCAACUAAAGUGUACUCUAUGCAGGGAAAUCUACAAGAACCAAAUAGAUUACGUGGCUCACUUCUCGGACUGUGGCUCCGAAAGUGGACUGCCGUGCGGCGUAGCCAAUUGCAAGAAGGUCUUCACGGAGGCCAACUACCUCUGCUCCCACCUGCGCAAGCGCCACCAGUUGCACUAAACUCUCUUUAUUUGUUUAUUAUUAUCAUAUCCUUCUUGACCAAUUUAGUUUUACGUUAGCUUAUUGCUUAGGUAAGUAUCAUUACAUUUCUUUUAAUAUCCAAUGGCUAUCUAUAUAUAAAGUUGAUAAAAGCCGAAAAAAAAUUGCAAUUUAUAACAAGGUUACUUCAUAAAUUUUUAAAUAAUGUUAAUAUUUUUUAAGUUUAAUUCCAAAAGUGCUAUAACACGAGUUUAAUUUGAUUUUUAAGACUAUCAUGGAACACCCCGUAAGUACUCACCAAGAGUAUAUAACUUAGUUUGACCGUAAAAACAAUUUUGUACUGAACGAUAAACUGUUAAUAAAAAAUGGCAAAUAGCUACGACA